AUCCCUGCAGGACAGAGCAGGACAGAAGAGGGAGCCAGAUCUUAUUACAAAUGGUUGUGAGCCACCAUAUGGGUGCUGGGAAUUGAACUCAGGACCUCUGGAAGAACAGCCAGUGUUCUUAACCUCUGAGCCAUCUCUUCAGCCCCCGAGACCAGUAGUUUGAGGCAAGUCUGGGUUGUAUGAGACCCAGUCUUACACGCCAUAGUUUUAGGAUAUUUAAGGUAUUCAGAAUUGUAAUAGCCCUUAUAAGCCCUCAUAGGCUUAGGAUGAGUUGAUGUUUCUGUGUUGAGAAAAAAAAAUGGCCCCAUCUCUUGUUGUGAUUCCUAGAGUGGCACAACAAUAUCUAAGUUUCCUGUAUUCUGCUUUCAAGUUCAAGACACACAAAGAGGCAGUCUUAGGCCUCUUGUUUUUGAGUUUUACCUUUUCAAAUGAUAUUUGGACAUUAAUGUUGACCUGUUUGAUUUUCAUUUUAGUUGUGUUCACAUCAGUCUGUCUCACUGGGCAGUGAAUUUGCAGCAGAAAUUAUUUGGGUUUGUGUCUGGCCUUUUCAUGGGCAAGUAUUAAACAAAUUAAAUUAAGAUACAAGUAUAUUAGGAAGCUAAAAGCAGACAAAAUACAAUGAAAAUAAUGUUUUACUUGUUUCUCUAAGUCUGCCAGUGCCCUUAGUCCCUUUCCCUUACUUAGACUGUGUGAAAAAUCUGUAUAUAUUUAGAAAACAAGAUUACACCCACCCCAUCAUAACUUAUUUGAACAUAGCUGGAAAAAUGGGCUAGGUUUCAAAUUCUUAGUCAUAAAGCAAUUCCUGAAGUGAUCACAUUUGAAAGUUUUAAACCAUAAUGUCCAUAUUUAGUAGGCUGAAAAGUUGAUCUUGUUGAUAAAUAUGAGUUACAAGUUUCUUCCUUUGAAGGUUUAGUCAGCUUCAUUUUGUAAAUGUCAAGUGCUAAGUAAAAAAAAAGCUUUGAUACUGAAGAAAAUGAAGAGAAACCUAAAUGAAAAUUCAACUCGAAGUACAGCAGGCUGUUUGCCUGUGCCAUUGUUCAAUCAGAAAAAGAGGAACAGACAGCCAUUAACUUCUAAUCCACUUCAGAAUGAUCCAGGUAUCAGUACUGUUUCUGACAGUUACGGUUCCCCUCCUCUACCCACAGAUUGGGCGUGGGAAGUUGUGAAUCCAGAGGUGACUCCUUUAAACAAAACAAUGAAUACAAGGCAAAUACCAGCUUCUGCUUCUUAUCCCCUGAAAAGUCAAGAUUCUGUGACUAAAUCUAUUCAGUCAAAUGCUGAAAGAAGCCAAAGUGGUUGGGGCUACAGAGGUGACAACAGAAAUACCAGCUUGAGAACUUGGAAUAAAAAUGAUUUCCGACCUCAGUGUAAAACAGCAAGCCCAGCAUCAAAUAGUGAAUUCAGUUCUUGUGCAGUGGAUCUGGGAGCUCAACGACAGAAACAGUCAGGAACACCUGAAUUUCCUGACUUGCAUGGAAACAGGGAAACUGAAGUACUCAGACAAACAUGUUUCUCCAAAGUGCCUGGCCCUACAGUGAAAGGCCCAGACAGAGCUAGUGCACUGCAGGCAUUUAAGCCCCGUUUUCAACAAAACCAGUUUAAGAAAACAGUGUUGGGUGACACUCCAGGAGAAAACACUCUGAAGGAAGCCCCCUUGCGUCAGUUAAAGGAAAAGGAUAAUUCUUUAAGAAUUAUUUCUGCAGUCAUUGAAAGCAUGAGGUAUUGGCGUGCACAAGUGCAGAAAACUGUACUUCUUUUUGAAAUAUUGGCUGUCCUGGAUUCAGCUGUCACGCCUGGACCACAUUAUUCAAAGACUUUUCUCAUGAGAGAUGGGAAAAAUACUCUUCCAUGUGUAUUUUAUGAAAUUGAUCGUGAACUUCCAAGACUGAUCAGAGGCCGAGUUCACAGGUGUGUUGGGCACUAUGACCCAGACAAGAACAUUUUCAAGUGUGUGUCUGUUAGACCAGCAUCUGCUUCUGAACAAAAGACUUUCCAAGCAUUUGUUACCAUUGCUGAUGCUGAGAUGAAGUAUCAUACUAAAAUAAUGAAUGAAAUGUAAAUAGUGACAAAGGGAGUCAUAAGUAUAGAUUGAAGUAUUUGCUCUUAUUAAUUUAUCUCUUGCAUGGUUUUAUCACUCUUGUUUUUCUGUAUUUUACAUCUUUUUAUAAAAAUAAACCUUUUC